AUGCGAGACACCUCCUGGCCACAGCGACUGCAGAGCGUCACAUGGAGAACCGUACGACAGCGGUUCCGCGUUUGGCUGUCCACUGCGUGCUCCAGGUCCAGUACAGGUGGCGGGGGCGCUUUCGCUGAACACCCGCACGACGUUGGAACGGGUGGUUCAGUAAACGGCUCCGUAACCACGAACAGGGACCUGGACUCUGCCUCGACGGAAGCCGGUGCCACGGACCAGAUAGUAGCGAGCGGACUUGCGUCUGUCUUGGGUGUUGGCGAGCGGACGUACCAGGAAGAAGUGUUCGCUCUUUGCGGAGGCGGCCGGGCUCGAGUGCGCCGCCAGCACGCCCAGGGAAAGCUAACCGCUCGGGAGCGGUUGUACCUUUUACUGGAUCGUGGCUCUUUUCAAGAGCUUGAUCGACUGGUCAGUUCAAGAGAGUCCCUCCAUGCAUCGUCUUCGGAUCCGCUUGGAAAACAUCGCACUCCUGGCGACGGCGUUGUGUCGGGCUUUGGACGGAUUCACGGUCGACCUGUGUUCGUUUACAGCCAGGACUUCACCGUUGCUGGUGGCUCUCUUUCCGAAGCCAACGCCGCAAAGAUCUGCAAGGUCAUCGACAAGGCCAUCGAGGUCGGCGCGCCAGUUGUUGCUCUCUGUGAUUCCGGAGGAGCGCGCAUCCAGGAAGGGGUGCGCUCGCUCGCAGGCUACGCAGAGGUCUUCAAACGCAAUGUGUUGGCUUCGGGAUACAUCCCGCAGCUUUCCCUGAUUCUCGGGCCGUGUGCAGGUGGUGCAGUGUACUCACCAGCACUCACGGACUUUGUGCUCAUGAGCAGACGACAUGCACGAAUGUUCGUGACGGGGCCCAGCGUAACGAACGCUGCCCUAGGCGAACAAACAACUGAUGAGGCGCUUGGCGGUGCCGCAGUUCACUGUCGUAUCUCGGGCGUUGCCCAUUUAGACGCCGACGACGAUAUUGCCGUGAUACAACUCGCCCGUGAGCUGCUGUCGUACCUGCCGCAGAAUGCGCGUGUUCCCGCUCCCCAAGUUGUUGUCACCGAGGAUCCCAGCGACCGCGAAGAACCCGUGCUCGAUCGACUGGUACCCUCGGAUGCGCAUACGCCAUACGACAUGCGGGAUGUUCUGAUGCGCCUCGUCGAUGAUGAAGAAUUUCUAGAAAUUCAAACCGAUUUCGCUCCAAACAUGCUAACUGCAUUUGCUCGACUGAACGGUCGCAGUGUGGCAUUGAUUGCCAACCAACCGCUGUGCAUAGCAGGUGCAAUCGAUUCCGACGCUGCCGUCAAAGCAGCACGGUUUGUGCGCUUUGCAGAUGCAUUCGGCAUACCGAUCGUGACGCUGGUUGACGUACCAGGCUUCCUUCCCGGAACGCAGCAAGAGCAUGGCGGCAUCAUCCGACACGGCUCCAAGUUGCUGUAUGCGUACACGGAGGCAACCGUGCCGAAACUGACCAUUAUUUUGCGUAAGGCAUACGGUGGCGCGUACUGUGUCAUGGCAAGCAAGCACCUGCGUGGCGACCUGAACGCAACUUGGCCCUGUGCCCAUAUCGCUGUCAUGGGUAGGGCUGCAGCGAGUCAGAUCCUUCGCAGGCGAGUUGCGUCGACGGAUGCGCUCGAAACUUCGGGUGACACUGAAGCGAGCGAGGAAUCCUCGGUUUCGGUUGCACUCCAGCGUGGCUACGUCGAUGCUGUCGUGCGACCAAGACUGACGCGUCGAUGGCUCAUACACGGGCUAAGCCUCCUAGCGAGCAAAGAGACAGCGGCGUUACGGGAGCCAUGGCCCCCGAAAAAACAUGGAAAUAUUCCCCUGUAA